CGGCUUUAGGAUCCUGCGGGGCACGGCGGGCCGGGGGAAGGGUCUGGGGAGGUCGGGAGCACGUCCGUGAGUCCGGAGCAGCUGCGGCGUCGGUGGCGUCGGGAGCGAGCCGUCCGGGAGCGGCGCGGGUGGUGGAGGAGGAGCCAGGGUAAGCGGCGCUCGAGGGAAGUUGUGCUGCAGAUCAUGGGACCAGCAGUCCCUGAGGUUUAGGAAUGAAAGACUUCAUUGAUUUACCAUUGAGUUCGGGGGAUUUGAAGCCAUUCCUAAGUUUGGUGAUUCUCUAACCAUGGCACAGGUAGAGAAACGAGGGGGUUUGCUCAGGAAAUCUUCAGCCUACAAAAAACCACUGAAGGAAAAAGUGGUGCUGAUGUAUGAUGAGAUCUUCAUGACAGAGGACCCUAGUAAGUGCAGUCCUCGAUUUUGGGAGGAGCUCUUCCUUAUGAAGGUGAAUUUAGAGUACCUAGAAGGCAAGCUGGAAUCUCUUGAUGGUGAGGAGUUAAUGAAGAUCAAGGACAAUAUUAAUUGCUUAUUUCAACACUGCAUCCAGGCUCUGGGAGAGGAGCAUCCAAUUCGAGUGGUCAAUGCAUUGCAGACCUUGUGUGCACUCAUUCGAGGAGUCCAUCAAAAAAAUAAGUCUACCUCUGGGUUUGACAUUAUCAACAUGCUGAUGGGCUUUGACAAGGCGGAGCUGUGCAUGAAGAACUUGAUGGAGAGUUUGGAUUCACUGCUUUGUGCAGAAGGUUCUGAAAGUCUGAAGAGCUUAUGUCUGAAACUUCUCCUCUGCUUAGUGACUGUGACAGAUAACAUCAGCCAGAACACUAUCUUGGAGUAUGUAAUGAUCAACAGCAUAUUUGAAGCAAUUUUACAGAUACUCUCCCACCCGCCAAGUCGUAGGGAACAUGGGUAUGAUGCUGUAGUCCUCUUGGCUUUGCUGGUGAACUACAGAAAAUAUGAGUCUGUGAAUCCUUAUAUUGUGAAGCUGUCUAUUGUGGAUGAUGAAGCCACGCUCAAUGGAAUGGGGCUUGUGAUUGCUCAAGCUUUAUCUGAGUAUAACAGGCAGUAUAAAGACAAGGAAGAAGAACACCAGGGCGGUUUUUUCUCUGCUUUAACAAAUAUGGUGGGCAGCAUGUUCAUAGCAGAUGCCCAUGAGAAAAUCUCAGUGCAAACCAAUGAGGCCAUCCUUCUGGCACUUUACGAAGCUGUUCAUUUAAAUCGCAACUUUAUCACAGUGUUAGCCCAGAGUCAUCCAGAAAUGGGCUUGGUGACAACCCCCGUCAGCCCUGCUCCAGCAACCCCAGCCACACCGCUGGGGACCACACCGCCCUCCUCUGAUGUUAUAAGUUCUGUGGAACUCCCACUGGAUGCAGAUGUACAGACCAGUAAUCUACUGAUAACCUUCUUAAAGUAUAGCUCGAUUGUCAUGCAGGACACCAAAGAUGAGCACCGGCUUCACAGUGGCAAACUCUGUCUGAUUAUCCUUACGUGUAUUGCAGAGGAUCAGUAUGCCAAUGCAUUUUUACAUGACGACAACAUGAAUUUUCGAGUAAACUUACAUAGAAUGCCUAUGAGACACAGGAAGAAGGCAGCAGACAAGAACCUUCCCUGCCGUCCUUUGGUAUGUGCAGUACUGGACUUGAUGGUAGAGUUUAUUGUAACACACAUGAUGAAGGAGUUUCCUAUGGAUCUCUAUGUGCGCUGCAUUCAGGUAGUACAUAAACUACUUUGCUAUCAGAAGAAGUGUAGAGUCCGCCUGCAUUAUACCUGGCGGGAGCUCUGGUCAGCCUUGAUAAAUUUGCUGAAGUUCCUUAUGUCAAAUGAGACUGUACUUUUGGCCAAACACAACAUUUUUACCUUAGCCCUUAUGAUUGUGAACCUAUUUAAUAUGUUUAUCACAUAUGGCGAUACAUUCCUGCCCACCCCCAGUAGUUAUGAUGAACUCUACUAUGAGAUUAUCCGCAUGCACCAGAGCUUUGACAACCUCUACUCCAUGGUCCUGAGGCUUUCUACGAAUGCAGGCCAGUGGAAAGAAGCAGCUAGCAAGGUGACCCACGCGUUGGUUAAUAUCAGAGCCAUCAUCAACCACUUUAACCCCAAGAUUGAAUCCUACGCUGCUGUGAAUCACAUAUCCCAACUGUCGGAGGAGCAGGUGUUAGAGGUAGUGCGAGCCAACUAUGACACGCUCACACUGAAGCUGCAAGAUGGCCUGGACCAGUAUGAGCGCUACUCUGAGCAGCACAAGGAAGCCGCCUUCUUCAAAGAGCUGGUUCGAUCCAUUAGCACCAACGUCCGGAGGAACCUGGCCUUCCACACACUCAGCCAGGAAGUCCUGCUCAAGGAAUUCUCCACUAUCUCCUGAGGCUGCCAUGCAUACCUGGGCAGCCACUGACUGCCCUUACCCAUGAGGCUUCCUGGGCUGGAGGCGGGGGUGAGGGGAGAGGGCCUGUUCCCAAAGCUGGAGAAAAACACAGAUACCGAGGUCUCUCGGUGAAGGCCGCACUUCAGUGGAGCUUGGACAGCAGGGGCCAGGAUGGGCAAGCCAAGGAUAAUCUUAUUUGGGGAGAGGAUGGGUGGGCACAGGGAGACACCUUCAGAAAUGUGGGGACUUCCAGGGUGGGCUCUCUGGACAACCCCUCAUAUUUCCAAUUGAGAUUACAAGUUGUGGCUACUGACUAAUUUUCAGGAGCUGCUGGGUAAGCCUUAGGGUGAUGCCAACACCUGGGGGGGUCAGUGGUUCUCCUAGGCUUCUGAAAACAGACUCUCAGAUGUAGGGGGAGCCAGUUCUGCUUCCUUUGUGCCCGGAAAUCUGUGUCCCCUGCCCCCACCAGCACUUGGCCCUUAGCUCAGGCUUAGGGUGAGGUAGGAAUGGGAUACGUUUUUUCUAUUUUCUGAAUCCAGAGCUGACUCCUCUGCUGUCUGACCACCACUUUGUGGAUUUGAUUCUUGGCACCAGGAGUACCUGUUUGCGUUCCCCUGCCUUCCAGCCCAUUGACUCGUCAGCACUAUAGGGUCACCACCUUAGCUUUUCAUUUUCAAUCUGGUUUAAAUUGUCUUUAGGGUGUGUGUGUGAAAUAAACAUGGACAGGUUUUCUGGA